CCCAGCAGCGGGCUUGGUGUCGUCUCCUGCCAUUAUGAUUAUCUAUCUCGGAAAGGUGAAACGAGGUAAGUGUGGUUGGAUAGUCGACGGAUAAAGAAAGCCACGGUCUGGUCAGCAAUUAGUACGGUGGCGUGAAGAAGGCAAACAGUACGGUAAGCUUGGUGAUGUUCGGUGUGGGUUGUUGAAUUGCCGCCAACAAGCGACAGACGCUCCUCCUGGCAAGCACGCGGUUACGAGAUGGAGGGGAUCGAAUAGGGGCCCAACGUACCGGUACGCGCAAACAAUGGGGUGCAGGUGUUCGUAAUCGAUAGCUCAAAGCUCCCGGUGGCCGUGCAGGUGGAAAUGUGAGAGGGCUUGUUGUUGAGCUAUCAACUAUGUAAGUUGGCGUCAGGUCACAAAAUAAAGGGUGGAGUGCGGAGAAGAGGCAAACAAGUGACGAUGGAAGCCGUGUUUGGUUUGUUGUUUUGCUACUGGACAGAAGCCUUGCAACAGGACAAAAUCAUUGGCGACCGCAGUGAGGCGGUCGACGGGGACGGGAAGGACUGGGGCCCAUCACUCACCUGGGGUAAUCGAUGUAGCUAUACCGAGCUGAUAUGUGGAAGUGUCGGCAGAGUCAAGGUAUCCGGGACUUUGGAGCUUGAGCCCACUGGUGCAGUGGAGCUUCAGCAGAGACUCUCCGAUAAGAUAACGAAAAGCCGGUGUGGGUGGGGCAAAGCUUAAAAUUUAAUUGGGGCCAGUGCGGAAAAAAAUCUUAGACCUUCUCCUCUUCCUUCGACUGAAGCCAAAAACUACAUCACCCACCACAGAGUUGUCGCUUUGUUCCGCGGUACUCUGGUUCCAAUGAUUACACGGUAGUAACUGCUCUAAUCAACUGCCCGCGGCAGACCGGAAGGAGCAAGCAGCAGCAUCGCCAAUCAUCGUCAUCGUCAUCGCCAUCACAAUGGAGUCGUCAAGAAUCUUCGUCAAGAACCUACCGCCGUCCAUCUCCGAGGCUGACUUUCGCAAACACUUCUCGCUUCAGGGACGAGAGGUCACCGAUGUCAAGCUCAUCCCCAACCGCCGCAUCGGGUUUGUUGGUUACAAGUCUCAUGAAGAUGCAUCCAAAGCCGUAAAGUACUUCAACAAGUCCUUUAUUCGCAUGUCCAGGAUCGGCGUCGAUCUGGCCAAACCUAUUGAAGCCGCCAUCCCAAGAUCAGCCACACAAGCUGCUCAUGUCCCGAGCCGUGAUGCAACCAAGGCAAGCUCUCUCGUCAAGUCUGACGCAGAGCCAAGCGAGGAUGACCCUAGCUCAAAGAAGAGGAAGCGGGACGUCGUUGACGAGGCUGACCCCAAGCUUCAGGAGUUUCUUGAGGUGAUGGGUCAUCCCACCAAGAAGGCUAAGGACGGAGAAGCCCUAGGGAGUGGCGCAUUCGAGUCAGAAGCGGCCGAUGCUAUCCCCUCGGCUCUCAUCGAGGGUGGUGAGAGUGACGAUGAGUACGAGGACAUCCCAGUGAGGCCCAAACGGCCAAUCGAGGAGGCACCUACCUCGGCUCUACCUGUUGCCACCCCUGUCGCAGCUAUCAUCCCCCCCACACCAUCCCAACAAGCCGAGGACGUUGCAAGGGAAGUGCCGCAGGUACCCGCUGAAGCCACUGAUGAUGACUGGCUUCGGUCGAGAACGAACCGUCUGCUGGACCUUGUGGACCCGGAUGACCCCGGGUUUCCAGCACAGUCUGCUGGUGCAAUGCCUGCCACCACUCAAACACCUCUGCCAGAGGCCCAAGUCCAAGAAACCCAGGAACCGGGUUUUGCUGCCGGGUCUGGUGAGAAACCUGUUGUGGCUCGCACACCUGAGGAUGCUGUGAAGUUGAUCCAGAAGACAGCUCGUCUGUUUUUGCGGAAUCUCAGCUACACGGUAACGGAGGACAAUGUGAGGGACCACUUUAGCCAGUUUGGGGAACUUGAAGAGGUUCAUGUUCCGCUGGAUAAUCAGGGCCAAAGCAAAGGCUUUGCUAUGAUUCGUUAUGCCAGUCCUGAGGCGGCGCUUUCCGCAUUCCAGACAGACGGCACCGUCUUCCAGGGCCGCAUCAUCCACAUCCUUCCCGCUGCUGCCAAAAGGGAGAACAAGCUUGAUGAAUACGCAAUCUCGAAGCUCCCUUUGAAGAAGCAACAGCUGCUCAAGAAGAAGGCUGAAGCUGCCUCCAGUACCUUCAACUGGAAUUCGCUUUUUAUGAGCCAAGAUGCCGUCAACACCGCCGUAGCUGAACGCCUGGGUGUGUCCAAGCAUGAGCUCCUGGACCCCACCGACGCGUCUGCCGCUGUGAAACAGGCAAUCGCUGAGACCACCAUCAUCCAGGAGGCCAAGGCUUACUUUGCAACUCAUGGUGUGAACAUCGAGGCCUUCAAGUCUCAGCAGCGAGGUGACACGUCAAUUCUGGUCAAGAACAUCAAGAACGCCACCAUCGAGGAGAUCAGAACCCUCUUCGAGGAGCAUGGCUCCGUCCUCCGUGUGCUUAUGCCCCCAAGCGGGACGAUUGCCAUUGUCCAGUUCGCGCAACCAGCACACUGCAGGGCAGCUUUUGCCAAGAAAGCAUACUCUAGAUUCAAGGACGGCGUGCUGUACCUCGAGAAAGGCCCGAAAGGGCUCUUCGUCGACAAUCUGGCCCAGCCCGCAGAUCGUCCUGCCGGUGUUCAGAAGGUGUCAGCUUCUUACCUGCUGGAACGCGAUGACGGUGAGGAUCAGCCAGAGACGGCCUCUCUAUUCGUCCGCAACCUGAACUUCUCCACCACCACCGAAGGAUUAACAAAUGCGUUCAAGCCCUUGGAUGGAUUUGUGAGUGCGCAGGUGAAGACCAAGACCGAUCCCAAGAAACCAGGUCAGGUGUUGAGCAUGGGCUUUGGCUUCUGCGCCUUCAGGACCAAGGAGCAGGCCCAGGCUGCACAAAAGGCUAUGGAUGGCCAUGUGCUUGACGGACACAAGCUUCUGGUCAAGGCUUCCCACAGGGGUCUGGACGCCGCCGAAGAGAGGAGGCGGGAGGAUCUGGCCAAGAAGGCGAAUGCUCAACGCACAAAGGUGGUCAUCAAGAACCUUCCGUUCGAAGCGUCCAAGAAGGACGUGCGCGCACUCUUCAGCAACUAUGGAAAGCUGGUUGCUCUCCGUAUUCCCAAGAAGUUCAACCACUCUUCGCGCGGUUUUGCUUUUGCCGAGUUCUCCACUGGCAAGGAGGCGCUCAACGCGAUCACUGCACUUAAAGACACGCAUUUUCUCGGGAGAAGACUUGUGCUUGACUUUGCUGAAGCUGAGGAUCUUGAUGCUGAGGAACAGAUCGAGGCCAUGGAGAAGAAGAUGCGUGGCCAGGUUAGCAAGGUUGCCCUUCAGCAACUCACUGGGACAGGGAGGAGCAAGGUCAAUUUUGGAGAUAAUCCUGAAGACGAGGCAUGA